AUGCCUAAAGUUCGAAUGUCCAAAGUUGGAAAAGCUAAAAACUAUGUACUAAAAUUUCCAAACGAACAUUUUCAGAGUGAUGGUGAGAUUUUGCACUGUUCUGCGUGUGAAAAAUCUGUUUCUCUUGAACAACGUUUUUUAGUAGUACAACAUAUAGGGACCGCCAAACACAAAGAUAAGAAGACAAAAAUUCAAACAGCAGUUUUUUACUUCCGCCAGUACUUCUUCAGGUAA